ACCUCGGCUUUUAGGGUAAACCAAUGGCUCUGAGAAACGCCUGAAAUAUACCCGCCCACCAGAGGGCUAAAACAACAGAGGCGGAGGAAAAGAGACUAGAGAGAGAGAGACACACUCAGAGAGAGAGAGAGAGAGAGAGAGAGAGAAAGGGGCGGAGGAAAACCGGAGGAAAAGAGACUCUAGAGAGAGAGAGGGUGGAGGGAGGGGCAGAGAGAGUGUCACUCUGAAACCGUUAUAAACGGAGAGAAGAUUGUCUUUGGAUUCACUCGGACUGGAGAUCCUGAUAAAGACGGAGCUGAACUUUUCUAACUGAAGACUCUGAAUGACUCUGAACACUGACCUCAGAAACAGCUGCUGUUCAGGAAUCAUGUUCCUCUGUGUGAUGCUACUGAUUUUCACUGGCUUUAUGGAGACCAUAUCAGAAAACGUUAAGGUAGUUGGUCCAGCUGCUCCUCUUGUUGUUAAAGUUGGUGAAGAUCUGGUUCUGCCCUGUUCUCUCCAACCCAACAUCAGUGCUGAGGAUAUGAUGGUGGAGUGGAUCAGAACAGAUCUGAGCAGAACUGACACAGUAGUGCAUCUGUAUAAAGACUGUAGAGACACAAAUGACAAGCAGAUUAAGUCUUACAAAGGAAGAACAGCUCUGUUUAAAGAGGAACUCCAGAAAGGAAACACCUCACUGAAACUGUCAGCAGUCCAACCUUCUGAUGAAGGCAUUUAUCAGUGUGCCAUUAAAUCAGGGCCCUGGUUUGAUGACAUCAUUGUUCAUGUUGAAGUCAAAAAACUUUUAAAAGUAGUUGGUCCAGCUGCUCCUCUUGUUGUUGAAGCUGGUGAAGAUUUGGUUUUGCCCUGUUUUAUGAAACCCAGUGUCAGUGCUGAAGACAUGAUGGUGGAGUGGAUCAGACUGCAUUUGCCCUCUGAAACCACCGACACACUAGUGCAUCGGUAUAAAGGAUAUGAAGACAGAAAUGAGAGGCAGAUGGAAUCUUACAUAGGGAGAACAGCCCUAUUUAAGGAAGAACUGAACAAAGGAAACACUUCACUGAAACUCUCAGCAGUCCAGCCUUCUGAUGAGGGAGCUUACCAGUGUUACAUUAAGUCUCUCAAAUGGUAUGAUGGUGUAGCUGUUACUGUUGAAGUUAAAGGAAAAGGUUUUCAUGCCUGGAAGAUUGCCAUCAUCUUCAUUUCAGUAUUUGCCAUUAUAUUAAUCACCUUUACAGCGUACAUCUUGAAAGACAAAUUUUCAGAAAAGAAGCUUUCUCCUGCACAGUGCUCAGUCAUUACCUACAUGCGUCUCCAGUCAGUUUAUGUGAAGAAAGAGUUUGACCUGAAGAAAUUCAACACAUCAGAGGAGGGUUAUAGAAGACUCAUCCCAGCUAUCUCAAACUACAGAAAGGCUCAAUUUGCUGGCUGUAAUCUCACUGUACAGUCCAUCAAAACUUUGACUGAAGCUCUACAAACUGAAAACUCCUCCCUGAAAGAACUGGAUCUCAGCAAAAAUAACCUUGAGCCCUCAGUAGUGGAGUUACUUUCUGCUGGACUGAAGAGUUCACAUUGUAAACUGGAAAUACUCAGAUUGGCCGUCUGUAAUUUCACUGUGGAGUCCUGCAAAUCUCUUGUAACAGCUCUACAAACAAAAGUCCACUCCAUGAAGGAGCUGGACUUAUGUAGCUAUGACCUCCAGGAUUCUGGUGGCAUGGAGCUGCUCUCUGCUGGACUGAAGCCUGGAGACUGUAAACUGGAGAUACUCAGACUUCCUUUAUGUAAUCUUGGAGUAAACACAUGUGAAAAACUUGGAUCAGUUUUAAAAAUGGAAAACUCCUCCCUGAAAGAACUGGACCUCAGUAAUAAUGACCUGCAGGAUUCAGGAGUGGAGCUGCUCUCUGCUGGACUGAAGAGUUCACACUGUAAACUGGAAAUACUGAGACCAAAGGAGGAUCGGGUUCCCUUUUAAGUCUUGCCUCCACUGUGCUUCUUCAUGCAUCUGCAGAAUUUUCCAUGGCACUUUUUCUUUGGAGGGAGAAGUGUCAAGAGUGAAGGGUGCUGUAGUGAAGAGUGCUAUACAGAUAUCUUGGAUAAAGUUCAGCUCGCAAAUGAAUAAUGAAAACUUCUGAGUCCCAUCUAAUUUUAUUUCAUUUGUAAUAAGCCUCAAAGCAGUCAUAUAUGACAUACGUUUUGUUUUUCGGAGGACAUUAGAUGAACAGAAUUUAGAUAAUUUUGCCUUUCUGUGAACAAACAAUUACUGUAUAAAUCUUUUAAUUUGAUCUUUUUUUUCUGCAACUUAAUAGAUCUGUGACAAUAAUGAUAAUGUAAUAACUGUAAAAUAAUAACAAAACGGAAUAAUUGAUAUUUCAUGAUUUAUACUCAUUCUAAAACACAAGAUAAACAUUUUAAAAUAACAUUUCAAAAUAAAACUACAUUUAUGUGUAUUUAAAAUUAAAAAUACAAUAUCAAGAUAAGAAGUGAGGUUCCAAAUCCACACUGGCUUACUCGUAUAGCAAAAAGGAGAACUGCUGUUUUUUUCAUGUGUUUCUUGUUUGUGUUUUAAUCUGUUCUUGUAUAUGUUUUAAUCUUUUGAGUAAUGUCAACAAAAUGUGUAAAUCAGCUUCGAAGGUUUAUUUAAAUUGUUGAAAAGGAUAAUGUGCAAAAUGUAACAGAAUGUGAAUGUAAAAUAACACUGUUAUAUGCCUUGAAAUCCUAACACUGGAUGCUGUUCUUUAGAUCUGCCAUUCUGUUUGCUUUUCAAUAUUGUAAAACUGUGUUUUAGUAUGCUGUUCUGAAUACUGUUCUGUUCUGUGUGAUACCAAAGUAAAUAGUAGCACUUCAUUUUAUGGUACAGUAAGUAACUAUUAUUUAAUUGGUAACUAGCAUUUACAUUUCUGGUACAUACUUUGCAUGUACAUAACAAUUUAUAUAAAAACUACCAGGUAUGUACAACAGCACAGAAUUCAGCACAGAAUUUAAUAGAUAAAUAUGUAAAAAUUACUAGUAAUGUUUGUUGCAUAAUUUGCAAGUUCAGAUGUAACUACAGAGUAAAAAAUAUGAGAAUUACCUGGUAUAUUUCAGCUUUUCUUAAUUCAGUAUUUCAGUAAAUACAUGCAUAUGUGAUAGAGAACUACAGAGUAAAAUAGAGUUAGUACCUUUAUUCCAGUACAGUAAUCCAUUCCAUAUUAAUUGGUGUGUUUACUAGUAGUUCUUCAGUAAUACUGUGGGAAUAGUAAAAAGUAGUACGGUGGUAACUGUAAAAUAAAGUGAAACUUUGUACAUUGUAUAUAUAUACAACAACAAAGUUGAAAAGUAAAAAAUGACAUUUACUCUC